GUUUGAAUUUUCCAACUUUGUGAAAACAAACUAAUAGCAAUGAUCCACUUCAAUAACUCAGAUACUAAUUGACACAAGAGAGAGAAACAAUACAUUAAAAAAUAAUUAACUUUUGUUAAUUAAUUUUUAGGAAUAGGAAGGACACCUGCAGCACGUGCAGAUGUUUGCAAGUGUCAUUAGACUGGGAAGGUUGUGCAGUAGUUUGGAAAUAGAAACAGGUCAAAAGGACCAGGAAUGAUCUGCAGCAUCGUUUGAGAAGUAAAGUAUGUGAUUGCUAGAGAGCUGCAAUAAAGGUGAUGAAGAUGUGCAUUUUUUAAGGAUGUUUAUAGAAGCCAGAGGUUAAUUAGCAGUUAAAAAGCAUCCACUGGUGUUUUAUGUGAGCACCAUGAGUGUGUUAAUUAUCAUUUUCAGCCUCAAACAUGCCUCUUUCAGACUUAAGCUGAAACAGAUUGAUGAUUCUUUUACUGAGGCGUUCCUUAGAUAAAUUUUAAUUAGUAACUUUCCCCCCUCCCCCCAAACAGUUUUCUUCUAUGACCAGAAGUAGAAUUUCAUCUCACUCUGCUUUCUCUCCCUUGGUGUUUGUGAUGCAGUUCCAGUACUAUCUGUGGCAAAGCAGGAAGGUAAGAGAUAAGGGGAAUGCAUCUGUUACCAAGUCUUGUCCAAAUAAUAGAUUCGGACUUUGCAGAAAUGUAGACACAUGAAAAUGUUAAAUAAACCCUAGAACUUUCCACCUCCUUUUUCAAAGUUAGGCACAAACCUAAUUUGUUCUGUUCAUCCUAGUGCUUUUGUCUACUCUAAUAAAAUGAUGCUUCUAGGAAAGACCACAGAAGUUUUUUAUGCCACUGUGAACAUGCCAGAGCUCUCCAAAAACUGAGGUUCCUCACAGGGAGAGUGGACCAGGCACCUUGGGGGCAUUUAAGCCCCCAGACUGAGAUGACAUGGGCUGUGUGUAAUCCUCUAGCACCAAUUAAAAGAGAAUGCUGAGAACCUCUCUGAGAUCUGCUUGUUUUUUGCAGCAGACACCUCUCUCAGGGAAGGCUCUCAUGUCAUAGUGUCUCGUCUAGCCCUUUUCUGUAGGUUGCUACCCUCAACUCCUUUUUCAAAGAUCCUGUCAGGGAUUUUUUUUCCCUAAGAAACAAAAAACCUCCCUCACCUGAAGAUAUGCAAGAAUUCAGAACUUACGUACAGUUUUCCAAAAUGACCUUAGAGGGACAUUAAUUUCAUCUCUCACUGUUCAGACCACACCUUCUGGCUGCUGGAACUGAGACUUGUCAGAGAAAGCACGGGAUGUGGUUUGGACUACAGAGCCAUACUUCCUUCUCCUAGAGGGAGCCACGGAGUCUUACUUGCUUUUGUUUUGGGAAUGGGAAUUCAGACUGAGAUGCACAGAAGUAAGUCUCUUCAUCCCUCCAGAAGUACUUCCUUUCAGAAUGUGUAACUCCUGCUAUUAUGUUUUCAGAUUUCCAGCAAACAUAUGUGCACACAUAUAAUUUGCUAGUCUCUUUCAUUUCACUGGCCUCCUUUUCUACCAAUACUAUUAAAAAUAAACCAGCAAAUUGUGAGAAAGAAUUACACUAGACAAGAAAUACACAAGAUUUUUUCCCAUUCAGGUGACUUUAUAUUUUAUCUAUGUAUCUAUUUAAUUACUUCCAUUCUAGUUUUGUGAUGGGUACUGGAGGAAAAUCCUUAGAUGCUGUAUUACUGAUUCUGCAAGUCACAGUUAUGUGGCCUCUUUAUCUGAACAAUUUUUCUAACCUUACCUAAUGGAUCUACAAUUUUCCCCCCAAUUAUUUCUAUUAUUAGAUUUUAUCUGUUGUGAUGACCUUGAAGGGCACAAAUUAAGGAUAAACAAACAGGAUAAUGAUGGGGCCCAAAGACAACUUCUAGGAAGUUUGAAAAAAGACAUCUAUUUCUCAUUUAAGAGAGAUGAAAUGAAGAAUGAUUAACUUGCUAAAUGGCAAGUUUUCAGCUACGUACUGAUCUGCUUCUUCCUGUCGCCUCUUCCUAAAUGGGAGGGAGAUUAGAUCAUCUUCAGAUCUAAUUAGAUCUUCUUUGUCUCAUCUUCAGUAGAAAGAAAUUUUGUUAAUGAAAAAUAUUCUUAUUAGAUGGACUGUGCUGCCAGUUGAAUAAAAACCACACAUAUUUUACAAGAUUUACUAAUAUACUCUUUAUUUAUUUCUUUACACAACUAAAACCAAGAUAAUGAAAUUAAGGGGAAAAAACUCCAAAAACCUUGGGCAAUUACACUGAACUUUGUUCCCUAUUGUAAUGACAUAUUUUAACACAAGGAAGUUUUCUCUAACAUUAUUAAGAACAGAACCUGUUUACCGGUCAAAUACUAGAUGUCUCUAAUGAAUUUGAAAAUUUGCAAAAUAUACAAAAAUGUAUCACUUGGGGAAAGUUACAGCUGUAACAAACAAGGAAGAAUUUCUGAUUAAAAAGGAACAUGACUUAUUUUGUCCCAAUUGCUCAAAAAAAUUCAAAAAUACAGUGAGUAGUUUGAAAGCAAUGUUUCAGAGGUCUGCCCUCACUUACUGGUGCAUGUAGAGCUUGGAGAGACUUUCUGUUGGCCCCAUUCCUCCAAGAUCAGUCAUCUGUGCUGGUGAAGAGUCACAGCCUUUAAAUUUGUGCACUGGGUUGUUAGGCUACUUAUUCACAGGUUCUUCCUCUUACCAGGCAGCGUGUUUCAGAUCUCCAGUGAAGUGCAGGAAGAGCCUGGAGCAGGCACGUUUCUGCUGUGGCUGCCCACGAGUUUGCUAGGCCUGCCUCUACCCCAUCCAUAUCUUCUACUGGAUGCGAGCAGACCAGUGGAACCCAAUGUCUCCCCUGCUAACAGCUGGAUCCAGGUACCACACAUUUCCCCUUGACCUUUCUUUAAUGGAGCUGUUUCAAGCAGAGACCAGUACUCUUAAAAUUGCUUCCCCAUUUAAAACAGAAAAAAUGCUCUCCUAAAAUCCAAUUUUGCUAAGUAUUAUUUGUCUUUCAUAUACUUGGAUACCAUCACACUUAUGCAGCAGACUAAACCAAUGCCUUGAUAUUUCACAUGCUCUCAAGUGACAUUUGUGCUCCUCUAAAGGCUUGAAAUCCUGGGCUACUGACCCGACAUUUUACUCAAAACAUAGCCAAAAGCAAGUUCCUGUGUUGUUUGGCAAGUCUGACACCCUGAAUUAAUCUACUUGCAGCUGCUGAAGGGAGUCUUACCUCUCCUCCCCAGCCAUGGAGCUCUGUUGCUCCCUGUGUCUAGUUUGACUCAAUUUAGCUUGCAAUAUCAGAAGCGUAUUUUUGCAGGAUUUUCUUAUGGCAACGUCCAUGAGCUGUUAGGUUGGCUCAGCUUCUGGGUAGACCACACCUACUGCUAAAGCCUACUUCCCCCCAGCAAAAUUUUUGUUCUUGUAGCCAGAAGAACAGGAAGGUGCUUUCUGGAGGAUGAUGACACAAUGCCAGCCAAGACUCUUCCCUAACCACUGCUGAUUUUAUACUUGCAAGGGCUCAUUUCUCUAUUUGAUGAACUCAAGUCAUGCAACUAUCUCAACUACUCUGUGCUGACUCACGAACCCUCACAGGUCAACUUCCUGUCGGUCCUGCCUGUGGCCCUAUAUAAAGAUGACCCAAUACUCUUAAGCAAAUGGACCCAUAUGGGAUGUAGAAAUUAAGAGUGCAGUAUCUCCAGGACUGCUAGCUACACUCUGAUUCAUGUCUCCUAAGACUUAAACAAAUUGCAAAAGCAAGCUGAAAUACAAAAUGAAGUUGAAUGCUAGGAAGUUUAAGAGGUCUGAUUCAAAACACUGUCAUUAUCUUGGGUUUUGUAGUACCAUGCAAAUGUUUAGCACUUAGGAAAACAUGGCUUUCCAGAUUCAACUGAAAUUUUAAACACAUUACUAAAACAGAAGAAGGCAUCUCAAAUUCAAAAAGAUACCUCUCCUGAAUAGUUAGUUUUUUUAGUGUUCUAGUUAUUUUCUGAGGUAUGAGAUUUACACAUAAUCCUGCUCGUUGUCCCUCCCGUAAAGGACAUGUUUUAAGGUAGAUUGUUGAAUGGAAUCCCUACUGAUUCUUCAUAGGCAUUUCAGACCCAGCCUUUCAAACUAAAGUGACCUGAGCCUGAGUUUUCCUGGUGUUACAUUCUGUCCCAGCAGAAUGCAUUCCUGUCCGUCUUGUCCAGUUGCAUUCUAGGCUUCAGCAUGGCAAAACCACCACUCGACAGAGGAAUGGAGUACCACAGCUGUGGAAACUGAACUGGACCACAUACCAACAAACCUUCAAUAAUAUAACCCUUUAAAGAAAUGCAGGGUUACCCACAGCAGGGACCACUAAAGACAGAAAUAAUAUGUUAUAGCUCAGAAACUUCAAAGAACUAUAGAAACAGAAAAGCUAUUUCCAAGUAUAGCAGACACUGUCCUGAAUGGAAGUUGUGUUAAGACAGUGCAUUUCCUUCUGAAUUUGUACUGAACUGACACUGAGACUCAGCUCCAAGACUUGAACCAAUGAGAUAUAAGUUACAGUGGACAAAUACAGCAUUGAGCUUACAACUGAAAUACAGGGUAGGUAUCAAGUUUUAGCGUUCUUUCCAAGUUGCAUCUUGUUUCAUCUGUCAAAACCUUCUCUCAAGUUUCAUCAGAAGCUGGUAGACAUUGUUUCCUCUUCCACAUUAUUUUGCUACUUACCCCAAAGGCUGCAUCGCAGUUCUGAAACUGCUGCAUUUUGGUGUCUGGUAGAAGUAUUCUUAUUAUUUAUAGAGCACUAUUACUUUCUCUGUAUCUACACAGCUCAAAUUACAACACACCAUUUUCAGCAAAUUGAUUGAGAAUUCAUCCCAGGACCUGCAGCUAACCAGGAACUGCCCAGAAGCAGGAGGCAAGGUCUUACAGAGGCAAGGCUCUUUAAGAAUAAACUGGUCAUGGUUAGUUUAUUCAGAUCACAUAUGGAUAUGGUACAUCGGGCGGGCAAGCUCAAGGAAAACAACGGCUCCUCUAGUUGGGCAUGGAGCUGAGUCUCUGGGGCUACUGCCGCAGCGCUAACUCUGCAGGAAAACCAGCACCAAGGGGAACGCAGAUGUCCAGUUCUCAUACAGCAUCUCUCUCACGUAUUGAGGAUUUUUCUAAUGAUUAAUGUCUUAAUGCUAGUAUGUUGGUAAGCAAAAAAGCCCUACAAAUAAUGUCCUUUCUCAUUUUCUUUUUACAUUUCUUUAAAUGUUUUCUUAAUGGCUGCUGGAAAGGAGUAAACAGACACGUGAUUUCUGUUACCAAGCAGUUUGUAUUUAACAAUUCUGACUAUCUUUACACCUCUUUUUCAUAUAUCUUUUUUUGCAACUUUCUUGUAAUUUAUCAUGAGUUUUUGUCUACUUUUUAAACAGUCUAUUCAUAUUCUGGUUUAGUUCUUUAUCUGAAUUUAAUACAUUGUAACAGUGUCCCCCAAUUUUAGAUAUUUGACUAGAAAAAGAUGGUCCUCUGCUAGCGUUAAGCCUGAUAACAUCUGAGUUUUAUUGCACUGGAAAACUUUUUUACAUAUAAACUCAAUUCCACUAUUGGUAUUUCAAAUCUUUCAGUCUAAAAGCACUGCAGUUAUGUCCCAAGCCUGCAAUCAGAUCCAUGUAGGUAAACUGCUCUACUGACAACAUCCCCCUCAAGUCAGACAGCUCUCAACACGCACCCACCCAGCUGUAGAAGAAGGAACACCUUUCAUAUUUAGAUUAAACCCCAGACGACAUGACCUUCCUAACGCAAAAUGCCAUUGAUAGUAUUUGGCAAUACCCUGCUAAAUAGCAAGGGCCAGUUUUUCAAUGUAAUUUUCCCCAUCACAGCAUCUUAGCAGAAAUUAUUUCUCUUCUACAUCGGUCUUUAAAUGAACAGCUAGGUUACUGAAAGUCUAAAGUAAUCAGUAAUAGUUCUGGUUCCAGGAUGACAGACUCUCAUACGUUUCACUAGCAACUUCUGAUAUUGCCAAACAAACUCCCAAGUCCUGUACAAGGCUACUGAUGGAUUUUUAAAGGUUGUGUGUAUCAGCUUUCACCAGCUAAAAAUUAUUUCUGACACUUUAAAAAAAACCACUGACUUCUGUUCCCAGUUACAACUUUUGUUUAUUGAAAUAAAAAAUACAAAUUGAAAAAAACCCUUCUUCUUUAUGUCUGUGUUAUUUACCUUGCCAACAACUAACUCUAAAGCAGAAUUACAUGAGACUAUGUAAAUAAAUACAUACAUUUAACAAACAGAAGAGUUUUUUUAAGUACCUUGGCAAAAAUGAAUUGUGACAAAAAGAUUGGGGAAUUAUUUACAACUUACUAUUAAGUCACCUGAAGGUACUCUCAACACACCAGCCAAAGUAAACGGGUUAGAAAUAAGACUAUACAUCAUAUAGCAAGAACAAUCUUUAUCCAUCAUAACUUACUGAUAUUAAAUUCACAUUUUCUGAGUGCGUUUUUUCCUGUUCUGUAAUAGUUUCUAAGUCAAGCUUGGGCAGUUACUGCAAGGUCACGGUGCUGGGACUGAUUAAAAAGCACUGUUUAUUUGAUGCUCAGAGAGGCUGUUGAAAAUUAUGACUGUACUUCUGGGUUUCCUAGUUACUAACUUGGCCGUGAGUUGAUCUCAGGAGCCUGGGACUCCACACACUCAGCCCAACUGUGGACAUAUGAGACUGUGCUCACUGCCUCUCCUAGUUCAUCCUCAGUUCUAAUUACAUUAAAGGUUGUAACAGGAAAGCAGGUUUGAGGUUUUCUGGCCUUAUUUAGACUCCUUGGAACACCACACUAAAGGUAACCAUCAAAAAGUCAUUCUUCAGGAUAAUUUGCAAGCUGAGGGUCAAAAUCAGUGCCUCAACCUACACACUGUCCUAUGACCCUGCACAUACACUCAGAUGUGACAGAAGGCCAAGCCCAAAUUGUUCCUCUUUACAGGAACCCUUCACAAGCUAAGUGGUGUUACAGAGAAACAGGGCCCACUAAUAAUCAUUCCUGUAUCAUCAUAUACUUAUGUAACGUUUUAAAUAUAUUUCCUGUCUUAGUUUAACAAUCCUAGAGCUCCCAGUUUCCUUUGUGUUGCAUAACACGAGACACAAAGCAACAAACUGACGUUGAGGGGAAUCUUAUUAAUUCUCCUUAACACCAUGAAAAUAAAGCCUGCUGGUACAAAUGUUCUAUCCGUGCCACGGCUCGGGUGUCCAGCUCACGGCAGGUACUCCCGCUGGGAGGACGUGGAGCCUUAAACCGAACUCGCGGCCUUAUCCGGGACGGGUUUUGUUCUGCCUUAGAGACAGUGCCUGUUCUCGGUUCCCCCGCCCGGCCCAGGCAGGUGCGAGCCCGCCACAGCGCUUAUGCAACGGCGGCUGCGGGGUCGCCCCGUGAGGCGGGCGCUGCUCCCGGCGCUGAUCCGGACAGCCGGUCCCGCGGGGGGGCGGCCAGCGGCAGCCUCCGGGCAGCGCCCGCCCGGCCGGGCCGGCUCCCCUGGGGACGCCGCGCCGACAUCUUAGCGCCGGAGGGACAAAGCGCAAAGCGCGGCGGCGCUGUCCGUCGGCCGGGCGCCGCUCGGCCCUCGCCCCGGAGCCGCGGCUGUCGCCGGCCGUGAGUGACAGCCCCGGCGGGGAGACUUCGAAAGAUCGCAGCUCUGGCCCGGCGCCCCCCGGGCACAACAGCGGCGGGGGCGCGGGGGGAGGGGGGCUGGACGCAUAGCGCCACCGCCGCGCAGCUGUGCCUAUGCGCUGACCCCUGCGGACGGUCGGGCCCCGCGGUGCCAGAGGAGCGCGCCGGCGGUGCCGCCUCCCGGGACGGCGGGUGCCCGGCCGGCGCGGGCCGCGGCCUCCCGGCGGGUCCCGCUCAUUGUUCCCCGCACUAGCCCUGGCAAACAGGAAGCCACCCCGGCAUGGGGCGCCCCCCCGCCCCCGGCGGGUGACUGGCAGCCCGGGCGGCCCGUGCGAGCGGCGGCGGCGCCGAGGCGCAGCCAAUGAGAGCGCGCGCGCGCGGGCGUGGGCGGGAGUUCCGGGCUGGCAGGCGGGCGGGCGGGCGGCGGUGUCGGCCGGGCCCCCUCUCCCGCGGCAAGCCCCACCUUUCGGCUUUCCCGCACCGUCAAUCAAAAUAGGAAAAAAAACCCGGAGUAGGCUCGGGCCGCCGCCGCCGCUUCAGCCCGCCGUGAGCACAAUAAGCAUGUCCCCGGCGGCAGCCGCCUAGCCCCAGCCAGCAGGGCCUGUGUGCGAGCCAGCCAGCCUGCCUGCCUGCCUCCCGCCCAGCCAGCCAGCCAGCCGGCCGCUCGCACUCACACCAUGACCGCUCCCGAGAAGCCCGUGAAACAAGAGGAAAUGGCUGCCUUAGACGUGGACAGCAGCAGCCACAGCGAAUAUCUCCAGCACGGCAACGGCGCCGCCUCGGCCUCCGCCGGGGCGGCCGCCCCCCAGGACGCGCAGCCGUCACCGCUCGCUCUGCUGGCGGCCACCUGCAGCAAGAUCGGCCCGCCGUCGCCGGAGGAGGAUGAGGCCGCCGCCGCCGCCGCUGCCUCUCACUCUGCCGGAGCGACAGGGGAUUUGGCUUCUGUGCAAUUAGCUGGAGCUCCAAACAGAUGGGAGGUCUUGUCUGCAGCUCCUACCACUAUAAAGGAUGAAGCUGGUAAUAUAGUACAGAUUCCAGGUGCUGCCACAGUAACUUCAAGUGGGCAGUAUGUCCUUCCUAUUCAGAGUUUGCAAAAUCAACAAAUCUUUUCUGUUGCACCAGGAUCAGAUUCGUCGAAUGGUACAGUGUCUAACGUACAAUACCAAGUAAUACCCCAGAUCCAGACAGCGGAUGGUCAGCAGGUUCAACUUGGCUUUGCAGCCUCUUCUGAUAAUAGCAGUAUAAAUCAAGAAACUGGUCAAAUUCAGAUCAUUCCCGGCUCCAAUCAAACCAUCAUUGCCUCUGGAACGUCGUCAGCUAAUAUUCAGAAUAUCUUAUCUGGUCAGUCUGGUCAAGUCCAGGUUCAGGGAGUUGCAAUUGGUGGUUCGUCUUACCCUGGCCAAGCACAAGUGGUUGCUAACGUCCCUCUUGGACUGCCAGGGAAUAUUACUUUUGUACCCAUUAAUAGUGUUGAUCUAGAUUCUCUGGGACUUGGCAGUGGUUCUCAAACCAUGACAGCAGGCAUUAAUGCAGAUGGGCACUUGAUAAAUACCGGACAGGCCAUGGAUAGUUCAGAUACUUCUGAGAGGACUGGUGAGCAAGUUUCUCCUGAAAUUACAGAAACUGCCACUGAUAAUGACUUAUUUGUGCCAACGUCAUCAUCAUCGCAAUUGCCCGUUACCAUAGACAGUUCAAGUAUAUUGGAACAAAAUGCAAAUGACUUGACCACAACUAGCGGUCAAGUUCAUGGUUCUGAUCUUCAGGGAAAUUACAUCCAGACAUCAGUCUCUGAUGACACGCAGGCUCAGAAUAUUCAGGUCUCCACAGCACAGCCAAUUGUACAACACAUACAGCUACAAGAGUCGCAGCAGCCAACCAGUCAAGCCCAGAUUGUACAAGGUAUUGCGCAACAGACAAUCCAUGGUGUUCAAGCAAGUCAAAGUAUAUCUCAACAGGCUCUUCAAAAUCUUCAACUGCAGCUGAAUCCUGGAACUUUCUUAAUUCAGGCACAAACAGUGACCCCUUCUGGGCAGAUAACCUGGCAGACAUUUCAAGUACAAGGAGUUCAGAAUUUGCAGAACUUGCAAAUUCAGAAUGCACCUGGUCAACAAAUAACUCUGACUCCUGUGCAGACUCUCACUCUUGGUCAAGUUGCAGCAGGUGGUGCGUUGACAUCAACUCCAGUUAGUCUAAGCACUGCUCAAUUGCCAAAUCUACAGACAGUUACAGUAAACUCUAUAGAUUCUGCUGGUAUUCAGCUGCAUCAAGGAGAAAAUGCUGGCAGUCCUGCAGAUAUUAGGAUUAAAGAAGAGGAUCCUGAUCCAGAAGAGUGGCAGCUCAGUGGUGAUUCUACACUGAAUACUAAUGAUCUAACACAUUUGAGAGUACAGGUCGUAGAUGAGGAAGGGGACCAACCACAUCAGGAGGGAAAAAGACUGCGACGAGUAGCAUGUACAUGUCCCAACUGCAAAGAAGGUGGUGGAAGAGGCUCCAACUUGGGAAAAAAGAAGCAACACAUUUGUCACAUACCAGGAUGUGGCAAAGUAUAUGGGAAAACCUCACAUUUGAGAGCUCAUCUCCGCUGGCAUUCUGGAGAGCGUCCAUUUGUUUGUAAUUGGAUGUUCUGUGGCAAAAGGUUCACUCGCAGCGAUGAGCUCCAGCGACACCGAAGAACGCACACAGGUGAGAAGAAAUUUGUCUGUCCAGAAUGUUCAAAACGCUUUAUGAGAAGUGACCAUCUUGCCAAACACAUUAAAACACAUCAGAAUAAAAAAGGUAUUCACUCUAGCAGUACAGUGCUGGCAUCAGUAGAAGCAACAUCUGAUGAUACUUUGAUUACUGCAGGAGGAACAACACUUAUCCUUGCAAAUAUUCAACAAGGUUCUGUUUCAGGAAUAGGAACUGUUAAUACAUCUGGCACCAGCAAUCAGGAUAUUCUUACCAACACUGAAAUACCUUUACAGCUUGUCACAGUUUCGGGAAACGAGACAAUGGAGUAAAUAUUACACAAGAUACCUAUUAAUUGUGGUUAUUUUUAUACAGUAGUGAGAAGAAUAUUGUUCCUAAGUUCUUAGAUAUCUUUUUAUUGAUGUGCAAAAAUUUUUGGAUUGACAGUAACUUGGUUAUACAUGACACUGAAAUGCCUUACUUUGUAUGAUAUUCCAUAGUAUAUUAAAAUGGUAAAAUUGCAUGGGUUUUGUAGGUACUUUUGGAAUCUAGAAGAGAAGAAAUUUUACCAAGUUAUAUUAAAAAAAAAAAAAAAAGAAUUUAACGAUGGAAAUGGUAGUCUAACCAAAUGCAUCAAUCCUGUGUGGUUUAGUGUAAAAAAAAUGAGAACAUGUUGGUAUUUAUCUAUUGUAAGAUAAAAGAAGUUGAUGGGUGAAAAGAAAUCACAUUAUGAUAAAAGAAAUUUUGUAAUUUUCUUGAUGACUGGAAUUUUUAUUAUGCAUAACUGACAAAUCAAGUUUCCAAGCAAAUGUUACAUAGUGUAGGCUUUACUUAGCUCAUCAACUUGUCAUUUUGAAGCUAAUUAUUUUAAUUAGGUUAACUAUGUACAAUAUUUUAAGCAUUACUCUUGUAAGAUUUUGCAAACUACAUUUUAACAUGGAACUCUAGGUAUAGUCACCUUUUAAAUCCUAUUGAAAAGCCAUGUUUAAGAUUUAAUUUGCCAAAAUGAUGUCUUGUUAAUAUUCUUUCAAUAACCAAGGUGGGCAAUAUAACCAAUGUUUAAAAAGCUUAAAAUGUUAAGAAAAAUAAAUAUGUAUAGGUUGAAGCAUUUGGGUGGUAAGGCAGAUGUUAUAGUGAAGUAUAUCCCUUCUUUUGAACAUUGGAGGACCAAAAAUAAGGUGUAUUGCGUCUCAGCAGUGAUUUUUAUCAAAUCUUUUUCCAAAAAAACAUCUGUAUGCCAGGGCCUUAAAAGCCAUCAUGUAAAUUACCAGUAAAAUAUAACAUAUGCAAAUACAAAAGAAAAAUCACUUCCAUAUUGACAGUACUCCCAAACAUAUGGAUAUAGUCAUAGUGAACUAGGGGGGUUAUGAGGUUUUUGUUUGUUUGUUGUUUAGUUUUUGGUUAGUCAAUCUGCAUUUAAAUAUCAGCCAUUUUUCCUUUCUUGCUUCUUCCCUUAAAAAUUGUAUGUAUCCAGUACAUUUAACUGAUAAACAUAUAUGUUUUUUAUUAUGCUGAAUUUUCUUUUUAUUUUUUAAUUACUGUUUAUAUUUUCAAUUAUAGAAAAUGUACAAAAUGAAGUUAUAUAGCCAGUCUGUAAGUGCUAUACCAUUUUCAAAAAAUGUACAACAAUAAUUACUGCAGUUCACCUAUUUACAAACAUUUGGAAAUCUGUUCAUUUGUUAUUCUUAAAACCACCUCAAAUUUAAAGGCUACCUUAUUGUACGUUUAAAGUGUAUUAUAACAGUGUGGUAGUUAAUAAAACACUAUUUUUUUUUCUUUUGA